AACAUGGUUAAGUGUAUUCUGUGUCUGGAAUACCCAACAAUACCGGGCCCCAAAUUCUUGGAUAUAUUCUCCGAGGAGGGCACACGCCUGGGCAUAAGUGCGAUUAUUAACAAACACUUUUGGAUAAAGACAUAUCGUAAUAAUGGCGACGAGAAGCAGCAAGUUUGCAUGACAUGUUGGGAAGUUGUGCGAGACUUUCACAUACUGUACGAACGAGUCGAAGAGGCCCACAAGCAUUUGGGCACCGUGAACACCAUAGACAUACUAGAUGAUCCGCUACCUCACCAAGAUGUCGUUAUGCUCAAAUCUGAAGAUACUCCCGUGCCUAUGAUGCUACAAGAUCCCAUAAUGGGACAUUCGUCGAUGGGCAAUAAUUUAUUUGAUCCUGAAGUGAAGGUGGAGGUAAACGAUUUGGAUCUGCUGCCACAAAUAGAGAUUUUGGAAACUGAACAUGAUAUGUCAUCUAUGGGUGGUGGGGCAGGAGGAGGAGGAGGCGGUGAUGUCGAUGAUAUUGAUGACAAUGAGGAUGUUAAAGUUAGACGCACACGUACGGCAGCGGCGAGAGAUCAAAGCCCCAAGACAACGACUGGGGCCAAACGCAUUAAAAAAGAAUCUUCUCCUGCCUUGGACAAGGAAGAGGACGACGACGAUGCCGAUGUUUUUGGUGAUAAUGCUCCUUUGACUUAUCAUGAUUCCAGUGAUGAUGGAGAUUCUGAUAAACCGCUGUUGCCACCUUCUUUGGAUGUUACCCUAGAGGAAGAGGAGGAGCACAAUAAAGAAAAAGUUGAAGUUGCCCGUCCCCGAAGAGGUAGACCUCGCAAAUCGGAAGCUGAAAAGGCUGCAGCCAAGGCAGCAGCAUUAGCAGCGAAAAAGACCCCUGUCGCCCGCAAACGUAACUCCAAAAAAUCUUUGGCGGCCACGAUUAAAAAUGAAGGUGACGAAAGUGAAGAACCUUCGUGUUCAACCUCCGCAGCAGCUUCAACGUCGGCGACCACACACAUUAAAACCGAAGGAGAAGCCACAGAGGACCAACAGAAUAAAGACAAACCAAGCUCCACUGAUCCGAGUGGUUCUGCUGCGCCUUUCGAAAUACCCGACUUUACAAAUGACAGUGACGACAAUGAUGAUGAUCCCGAGUAUGGGGACAAUGAUAACGAUUUUGCAGCCAAAGAUUCGGACGAUUCCUCAAAUUCCGACUCCGAAGAUGAAAAUGAAUCGGAUGCCUCCGAUUGGGUGGCCGACAAGAGCAAAUCGGAGAAAUUCGCUGUGAUUUUGAAAAAGGAACGCAACACGCCGAAAAAAUACAAGAAACGUGAAAAAACUGCAUCCGAACCAAAACGCAUGUCGAAAGAAGAUAUUGCUGCCCGCCAAGCUCAACAAGCCGAAUACGAUAACAUCAUUACCAAGUUCUUUGAGAAGUUGCGUUGUCCCAAGUGUGAACUGCUGGUGCAUACGUUCAGUGAAAUGCGUGCUCAUUUCCGACUCGAUCACAACGAUGAUCACGGCUUCGUCGAGUGUUGUGGUCGCCGAUUUGCUACACGUAAAUUUCUGGCCGAGCACAUUAUGGUCCACUAUAAUCCUGAACACUUUAAGUGUAAAACAUGUAAUAAAAUAUGUCGUGAUUCGACACAAUUGGAGGCGCACGAACAGACACAUUUACCCAAUCCACCCGAAUCGAAAUACAAAAAGACCUUCCAGUGUGAGAAAUGUUCGAAGACAUUCUCAUCGAAAGCAUCAUUUGAACAUCAUAUGGUUGCUAAACAUGUGCCACGUGAAGAAUUUAAGUUCGAGUGUCCUGAAUGUAAGAAAAAAUGUCCAACAGAUCGUAAACUUAAAGAUCACAUGAAAUCAGUACAUGAUCCCCAACGAUCGGUGAUCUGUGAUAAAUGUGGUAAAACUCUUAAAAGUGGCUAUAGCCUUAAGAAGCAUCACGAAUUAGAACAUUCGGAUAAACCAAAACCGAUACCCAUACCACAACAAUGUGAAAUUUGUGGUGCAUGGCUAAGGCAUGUGGCGGGUCUAAAACAGCACAUGAAAAAUAUUCACGAAUCGGUUGAUGCCGAACAUCGUUGUCACAUUUGUAAUAAGGUCUCGUCGACAUCGAGGGCCUUGAAACGGCACAUCUAUCAUAAUCAUGAAUGUGCCAAGAAAUUCCAGUGCACCAUGUGUGAGAAGGCAUUCAAAAGGGCUCAGGAUUUGAGGGAACACACUUCUGUACACACCGGCGAGGUAUUAUAUACCUGUCCCAAUUGUCCCAUGACAUUUUGCUCCAAUGCCAAUAUGUAUAAACAUCGUCAACGUUUACAUCGUACCGAAUGGGAGGCGGAUCGUAGUAAACCCAUACCACCCAAUAUUAUGAGACAGGCCAAACAAGGCAGUAAAAUAAUUAAGGCUCGCAAGGGUGACGAUGUGGUGAACUUUGAAUGUGAUGAAGAUAAUAAAUUAUUGGUGCCAUUGAUGCAGCCAAAAUCAAAUGUCUCCGUCCCAACACCCGCCACAAGUCAACAGCCACCAACAUUUCAAAAUCCCUCGUUAAAUAUAUCAUAUACAAUGGCCAUGCCUUAA